GCGAUCGGCGCUGCUGCCUCCGAGGGGCUACCGCCGUGCCGCGCCGCCGUGCCCGGCGGCGAUUGGCGAGGGCUACCGGAGAUGCCCCCUCCCUCAUCCCGUGCUGGCGAUCCUCCGGCGUCCGCAUGCUUCUAAGAAGCGUAUUGACCAUGAGGAAGCCCAUGUGUUAGUAACCAGCUGUUACUAAUCCCGCUGAAGAAAAUGAAGCCUCUUUUCAGCUUUGCAAGUCCUUUUCCCACCCUGUUGGCUGAAUGAGAGGUGGUCGUGUGAUUAUGCUGACAGACCAGCAUGCAUUUGGUAGACCUGUGGUUAACUCGUUCCCUCUCCAUGUGUCUACUCUUACAAAGUUUUGUCCUCAUGAUACUGUGUUUUCAUUCUGCCAGUAUGUGCCCCAAAGGCUGCCUCUGUUCUCACUCCGGAGGCCUGAACGUCAGCUGUAGCAAUGCAAACCUCAAGGAAAUACCCAGAGAUCUUCCUCCAGAAACAGUCUUACUUUAUUUGGACUCCAAUCAGAUAACAUCUAUCCCCAACGAAAUUUUUAAGGACUUGCACCAAUUGAGAGUCCUUAAUUUAUCAAAAAAUGGGAUUGAGUUUAUAGAUGAACAUGCCUUUAAAGGGGUGGCAGAAACCUUGCAGACUCUGGAUUUGUCCGACAACCGGAUUAAAAGCGUGCACAAAAACGCUUUCAACAACCUGAAGGCCAGGGCCAGAAUUGCCAACAACCCCUGGCACUGUGACUGCACGCUGCAGCAGGUGCUGCGGAGCAUGGCCUCCAACCACGAGACGGCCAACAACGUCAUCUGCAAGACCUCUGUGCUGGACGAGCACGCGGGGAGGCCCUUCCUCAACGCUGCCAACGAUGCCGACCUCUGCAACCUCCCUAAAAAGACUACUGACUACGCCAUGCUGGUCACCAUGUUUGGCUGGUUCACCAUGGUGAUCUCCUAUGUGGUUUAUUACGUCCGACAGAACCAGGAGGAUGCAAGGAGGCACCUUGAGUACUUGAAAUCCCUGCCAAGCAGGCAAAAGAAACCAGAUGAAGCUGAUGACAUUAGCACUGUGGUAUAGUAUUCUGAAUACAAUGACUGCCUUUGUGAUGGAAACUAGAGUUGGAUGACGCUAAAACCAGAGGUUUACUUCUAACGUUCAUUGUAAACAUUAAGACUUUUGGGGCUUUUUUUUUCCUGUUUAACUGAAUUAUGCCACUAUUGAGCUUUCUAACAGAAAGUUUUGUCUAGGUGGUAAACUUCAAUUAUUUCUCUGGUGGUAUCCUAAAGCAAGUGAAUUAAUAUGUAAACAUUAGUUUAGACCCAUUCCACUAUUUAAUAAUGAAAUUUAUUUUUUUAAUUUAAAAACCAAAUAAAAGCUUAAAUUUGAACCAUGUAAA